CUACUAUGCUACCGGACCUCCCCUUCGAGCUCCUCUCCCACAUAGUCGAAUACCUGCCAACCGCCCACAACGUUGGCCAACUGUCGCUCACCUGCCGCAAGCUCCACGCCUUUGUCGACAAGGAAGGAUGGAAGAUAUUUCUUCGCACCCGCUUUCCCUCGUACCCACAGGAUGACCGCCCUGCGCGCUAUAGCGCUCACAGCUUGACAACCCUAUCCCGAAACUGGGACCGCAAAGCCUUCGUAUCCCGUUACAUUGAGCCUCGAGGCUCCAUCACUUCGUUGAAUACUGGCAAACAGCUGGCGGGAUGGGAAAAGCCACGGGGGCAAACCAUGGGCUUCCAGCCUAGCCUUGACUCAUACGAAGACGUAAACAAAGGCAGACGGCGUGAGAGAGAAGAGAUACUGGUUUGGAGUGCCGGAGCGCAGCUCCUCAUACGCAAGAAUGUAACGGGGCCAGGAGUGGAGAAGCAAUGGGAAAAGGCAUCACCUGAUGUGCGUCAACGUUGCUUCGACCAGUAUCAUCACAAGUCAAGCUGGUUUACCUUCAAGAUGCCUGGCGCCCACGAAGGACGCGACGACAUAACCUGCCUCAAUAUUCUAAGGCCUUGGCAGAGGGAGUCCGAGUUUGCGGGGUACAGAGGGCUCGACAGACAGUCUAUAAUCCUUGGGACGGCAAAUGGAGACCUCAACCUGGUCAACUUUGGGUUAGGUGGUCAGGUAAGUGCAAGGCGAGCAAUAUAUGCCACGAACAAGCGCUCUGUUCGAGCAACAGAUGUAUCACAGUCUUCGAACCCGUUGCUUGCAGCAGCCUUUUCCGAUUCAACGGUGGCACUGUAUCCGGUAUACCGCCAAGGGAAUCCGAAUGAUGUAGAAUCCGUCGGCCAUCUGAAAAUCUCACCAGAGCCUACUAAGACUUGUCGCAUCUGGUCAACUCGUUUCUUGUCACCAGUCACUUUAGCUGUAGGACUGGGUCCUUCAACUGAACCUGUUCACGUCUAUUCGGUAACGCCGACUGGCAUUGCGAAAGACCCUAUUCGUAAAUUUGGAAUAGACGGGACUGGGUUGGGAGUGGUCGACGAGCGGGUGGACAAUGUGGAAACAACGGCAAAGCAGUCGUCAGUUUACUCUAUUGCCACGUUGCCAUCUACUGUCGAUCCGGACAGGAAUGACCCCAACAUAUUCCUCAGCGGUGGCUAUGAUGGUGUUGUGCGAGUGCAUGAUAUGCGUUCACCAGCAGCGUACGAGUCUUGUUACUGGGAUCCAACAGAUGACGGCGCGGUGUACGCUCUACAACCCAUUGCAAGGGAGAGACUAGUCGUGGGAAGCUCACGUCACAGCAUGGUCAAGUUCUUUGACCUUCGCGUAGGAGGCGGAAGAGCGUAUCACUAUGCCGACGUCGGGAUGCCAACUUUGGAAAAUACUGGCCCGGAAGAAAAUGGCCUCAUCACGGAUGAUGUCCAUCCUGAAACCGGAACUUCUGAUAGCCACGGCUGGAACCUUUUCUUCAACCCACGCAACCAAAGCCACAAUCAGCGGGGACGUUCUGGGCGUGCACCUGACCGCCGCUCCAUCGACUCUCCUAUCUAUGCCUUGACCUCGCCUUCUCCGUUCUCACCUUCCAUCUUUGCUGGUGUUGAAAACAGCGUAAUCCAGAUGGACUUCACUUCCAUUGCAGAUCCACACCCGGACCCGAUGUACCAGCAUGCUCUGGUGCGUACGGGAGGUCGCGGCAAGGGCCUGAGCCGCCUUGAGCGCUCACGAGCCCCAAUAAACGUCCUGAGAAGCUGGAACCCCAGAGGCGAUGUGCUCAACUUGGCGGCGUAUGAACAGUCUACGAAGCAAGCAUUGAGACUAAGAGUGCAAAGUGGAGUAGGAAAAUACGCUGGGACUUUAGAAGGAUGGGAUGAAAGAUGGAGAGAUGGCAGUGAGGCAUAAGAAGUGAGUCAAGAAUGUUAUCAAACGGCAAAGGUGCUUCUAGAUUUGCGAGCGCGUUUCAUGUAUCGAGUAUUAGAUGAUUCACAUAGACGAUAGGGGCAUACCAAAUUUUGUCAAGUUCGAAUAUUUAUCUAUCUCAAGGC